AUGAAGGAAAUUCAAAUUCCCAGGAAAAACUUCGCGCGCUCAUCAGAUUCUGGAGCGAAGAAGCUCAAGGAUUCCGAGCUGAAGAAUCGAAAGUUUGCGGAGAAGAGACAGAGCGCAGCCUUUUCCGAUCUCUCAGUGGAAAGCACGAAGGAUACGAUGGAUUUUACUCCGAUCUCUGGUGCGAUCUCUGAUUCCGAGGGCGAGAGUGUUAUUCAAGGAUCGAGCCUCAAUCUGCUAUCAACGCCAGAGAUUUGUCUUCCGACUGUUGAAUCUCCAGUUUCAACCAUUACUCAUAAGGAUCUCCACAUUGACGCUUCUUCUACUGAUCGGAUCCAGUCAAUUGCGGACUUUCCUGCUCUUGUGCAGUCAUUGCGCUCGGAGAUCGAUGAGCUGAAGAAACUGAUCUUUUCAGUUGAAGUUUCUGGAGAAAGUAACAGGAUCGAUGGAAUUGUUACUGAGAAAUACCGCAUUGUGCUUUUGAGUUUCAUCCUUUGGGCUAUCUUAGCGGCGAUUGUUGUCUUCUUCAUCUCAGGAGAGGAAGCUGCUUACUAUGGACCACUUCCAACUUGA